GUAGCUUAGAGACCACGGAAAAUAAACAAGAGAGCGUCGGGCCUGUUUGCGGCGUUUGUACGAUGACUGGAACUGUGUACGGUGCCCGAAACCCCGCUGUUGCCGGCUGCGAUAAAGGCGAUUACGAUGAACAAAUCCGACGUAUUCAGGCACAUCUCCGGGAUAGUGAAUCAAAGAGGGUGGAAUUGGAAAGGAAAAUGCUUGAAUACAGCACACCUGAUACUUCCGUAACUAAAUUGAAAUAUACAAAUCUAAAAAAAUAUUUAAAUGAAAUAUGUGAACGGCAGAAGAAAUCUCUGCUCCGAAACCAAGAUUUAUUAAAAGAAUUUGAUUGCAUUGAAGCUCACAUUAGGAAGUUUGCUUCAAGAUCAGAGUCUCUUCAAAAGCUAAAGGCAGAAUAUGAAAAAGAAAUUAAAAAUAAGCUGUUAGUUGAGAGAAAAGAUAUGUUUAAACAUGAAAUGAGAGGUGCUACUAAACAUCAGAUGAUUCCAGAAGCAAGGCAGUCAGGAAUUAAUGCCAGCACAGCCACGUCAAGAGGACUAUAUCAUACAGCAACUAUCUUUAUGGGCCGCCAAAUGUCAGCUGUCUCAAGCGUUGAAGAUUUCAGUGCACUGCAGAAGUCUGAACUCACAAAGAGCUUUUCAAUUUCUGACCCACAUUCCUAUAGACAACCAUCACAGAGCUGCUACAUGACAGACAGCUGUGUAGUUCAAACUAAUAAUGAUCUACAGUGCUCAAAUAAGUCUGACAAAAUAGAUGGGAAGACAUCUCUGCUGAAAGGUGAAGAAAUGCCAGUCAUAUCCAGUGUAUCAUAUGAGAAUGAAAGAGCUUGUUUAACAGGGGAAAGUAUAGCAAAUAAUGACAGCAAAAAUUUUGUGGAAAACAAUGUCCACCCUGAACCUAAAUCUCUGCUACACAGAAAAUUAAGUUCUGAGAACAUAUCCACCAGUUUGAAAAGUUACAGUUCCUGCAAAUCACUGACCCGUGAACAUUCUUUACUAUAUGAACAAGGAACUAAAGAGCCAAUCUCGUUGAUCAAUGAUCCCGGCAUACUUGUUUCUGCCAAUGAGUGCUCAGAAGAAAAAUUCCCAGUUUUGGGGAGCACCAUGCACUUGGACAAAAAUAUACUGCAGGAGGAAGAUAAAAGUUUAAGUAGCAGCACUGAUCUUACUGUUUCAUUGAGUGAGGAGGAAGAGGAAUCGAAUUCUUUGAAAUUACAACGAAAUAUAAACAGUACAGAUUACAAACUUGAUGACAUAAUAUGUAAUAAUGAAGAAUAUUUUCAAAAAAAAAAUUCAACUGAGCACUCAUCUUCUGACCCCAAACUAAGGGAAUGCCUGUCAUUUGAAGGGUUUUGUCAUGUCUUAACUUUCAUAGAAGAACUAGUGGCCAAAGUAUCUUCUGGAUGCUCGGCAUUAUACCAGAGAGGAACUGCUAAUACAGCAGAACUAAAGAAGCUUAUAAGCCUCUGUAAUAAAGGUGACAACUUGGCACAAGAAAACUUUGAGACAUGUGAAGCACUUGUCCUUUAUCAACUUCAAAAAUUAUUGCAAAAUACAAUGAAUGGGUGCCUUUUACAAGAUAAAAUGCUUAAUGACAAAAGGGAAAGACUGAAUGAAGAACAAAGCAGAUCUGAAUUGGUAUCUGAUUUUACUAAGAUUUGGGAACGUUUAAGCAAACACAUCUUAUUCUUGCAAAAGUAUCACAUUUUACUCAGACAAGAAGUGAAAGACAUGUUUGGUACCCUAUUGAUUUUGGAGAGUCAUAAACAAGAAACCCCGACUUCUUCAGUGUUGAAAGACUUUGUAGAAGAUUGUGAAGACAGAUCAUUUUCCUGUAACGAUCAAACCUCCUAUAAUUCACAAGCGAAAAAUACCCCAGAAAAGCCAGGUUUGAACAUCAGUGGCUUAAAGGAACAAAAAAGUAAUGGAACCAGUUCUGAGCCCAGUUUUUCAUCUCUGGAGAGGAAAAGCUCUUUGUCAAGAGAUGAAAAUCAAAGAGGAAUAUCUACAAUAAAAUCUAAAGCUUUUUGGGGUGAGUCUGAUGACAGCAAUUCUGAUAUUGAAGCAGCCCUACGCCCUCAGCAACAGUGUUCACAAGAAGAUGGAUUCAGUGAUUUCUAUGACUAACUUGAUACUCAUUUACAAACGAAUGAUAAAAAGCCAGUAGCAAUUUUUCAGGAUGAAAGUGGUUUCAGAAAAGGUCAAUCUGGAUUGGAUAUCCUGGUGGCAUUUUUAUGUACCUUACCAUAGCCACUUCUUCACACCAAAUUAUCCUGUCAGCCUACUUUCAACCAAUAUGUUUAUGAAUGAUUGUAAUAUUAUUCUUGAAAACCAAGCUAAGAGCACCAAAACUGCAACAGUCUAAGAUUUAUACCUGGAUUUGAAACACAUUUGAAAUUUGAAGUACACAGAAGCAAGGGGGAGAGUAAUUUUGGAGCUGGAAAAUUGUAGGCCUUUAAUUUAUAUAUUCCCUCCUAUACCUGUUCCUUGAUCCAAGUUGCUUGGUUGAAAAGUGUGUUCUUAUGCUUGAAUGGCCAUCAGACUAAUGAAUUCAGUUCAAGACAAAGCAACCAUGAUGUUUAUUAAUGCUAUUAUGAAUUUUGCAUUAAAUAAAAAGCAACUGAUUAGACUGGGACCUUGUUUGUAUUUGUAGCUUUAACCAUCCACUACUGUUUACAUCAGGAAGGAAGCUUUUAGUUAUGAAAAUAGUU